UUGCAGCAAGGUCUCUUGCUCUGAAAACCUCUUCUUCUUCUUGCACCAUGAGCGGAUCAAACCAAGGACGCGGCGUUAGCCAUCAGAUCGUCGGUGAUGGUUCUUCACUUCCUCUUGUCGGCUCUAAACGCCGAAGACGAACAUUCGAUGUCUUCAUCAGCUUCAGAGGUUUAGACACUCGCAGGGACUUCACAAGCCAUCUCCGCAAAGCACUGUCUGAGAAAGGUAUCGACGUUUUCGUCGACGACCGGCUCGAGAGAGGGGAUGAGAUCUCGGAAGCCCUUGUGGAGGCCAUCCAUGGAUCUCUACUGUCUUUGGUCGUCUUCUCUGAGGACUACGCUUCAUCCAGGUGGUGCUUGGAAGAGCUCGUUCAGAUCCUUCGAUGCAGGAAAACAAUGGACCAAUUGGUUAUACCCAUCUUCCACAACGUCGAUCCUUCACACGUACGGUGGCAAAAGAAGAGAUUUGCUGCUGCAUUUGAGCGGCACGAAGAGAGAUACAAGGACGACACGGAGAAAGUGAACAUGUGGAGGACUGCGUUACACGAAGUAGCCAAUCUUUCUGGUCAUAAUUCAUCAGAAUUCACAUCUGAUUCCAUGUUGGUCGACGCAGUUGUUAGAGAUACUCUCGAAAAACUACAUCGCAUAUCGCGUAGACCAAACCCUAACAAUGGUUUAGUGGGGAUUGAUUCACGGAUGGAGAAGGUUAUGGGGUUGUUAGACUUUGGUGCAGAAGAUAUUCGCGUCGUGGGGAUAUGGGGAAUGGGUGGAAUUGGUAAGACCACUCUUGCUGAAGCUGUGUUCGACCAAAUCUCUGGCGGAUUCGAGGGCUCUUAUUUCUUCAGGAAUGUUAGAGAAACUGAAGAGAAGGGUAAUCUUGUUGAGAGGAGAAAUGAGUGUCUAUCUGUGAUUUUGGGGGAAAAUCUACGAGUAGGAACAUCUAUGCUACCGAGCUUUGUGGUUAGUAGGCUUCGUCGUAAAAGAGUACUGGUUGUGCUUGAUGAUGUGAACCAUCAGAGACAACUUGAAAUUUUGUUUAAAGGGCUCGAUGAGUCUAGUGCUGGAAGCCGUGUGAUCAUAACCACACGAGAUAAACAUUUGCUCAGCAUUUUCCCGAAAGACAAAGUAAAAGUAUAUGAUAUGGAGGGAUUAAACAAUGAUGAAGCAUUGCAACUGUUUUGCCGCAAUGCUUAUGUCUCAGGCCUUCAGACUGAAGGAUAUGGUGAGCUCGCAAUGAAGGUGGUUCAUUAUGCUUCUGGCAUUCCUUUGGCACUUAAAGUCUUUGCUUGCUCUCUUCGGGGCAGGGGCAAACACGAGUGGGAAAGUGCCUUGAACAAGCUCAGGAAAGUUGCCAACAUGGAGAUUAGCAACAUAUUGAAAGUUAGCUACGACGGUCUAGAAGACAAAGAAAUACAAAACAUAUUUCUUGAUAUUGCUUGUUUCUUCAAGGGGCAAGAUAAAGAUCACGUGACCGGAUUGCUAGAUGGUUGUUAUCACGCUGCGUCUUAUGGGUUAAGUGUUCUCGAUGAUAAGGCACUUAUAAAUUUAAGAAGGAACAGGAUUGAGAUGCCAGAUCCGCUGCAAGAGCUUGGUUGGGAUAUUGUCAUACAAGAAUGCGAGUCAGAGCCUGGGAGAAGGACUCGAUUGUGGAGACCUGAUGAUGUUCACCGUCUUCUCAAAAGGAAUAAUGGUACAGAGGCAGUCAAAGGAAUAUACUUGGAUUUGUCAAAAGUAAUGAAGUUGGACAUAAAACCGGAUGUCUUCGAGAAGAUGUACAAUCUCAGACUCCUUAAAUUCGAUAACAGCAAAGGGGUAAACACUAAAGUGUGUCUGCCACAUGGCCUCGAAUCUCUUCCUGAUGAGUUAAGGUACUUAUGUUGGCCUGAGUUUCCACUGAAGCACCUACCCUCUGAAUUUUGUCCAGAGAAUCUUGUUGAGCUUGACAUGAGACAUAGCACUCUUAACAGGCUCUGGAGCGGUGCUCAGAACCUGGGUAGCUUAAAGAUUUUAAAUUUGGACUGGUCAGAGAAGCUGAAAGAAUUGCCCGAUCUAUCAAGGGCCCAAAAUCUUGAGCGGAUUGAUCUGUAUGGAUGCUGUCAGAUUGAAGAAUUCCCUAAGUUCCCAAAAAACAUAGAAGAAAUAAAUAUGGCUGGGACCGCGAUAAGAGAAGUGCCUUCUUCAAUUCAACAUCUCUCCAGACUUGUCAAACUCAAUCUAUUCCAUUGUAAGAGACUCGAGAAGCUUCCAGAUACUUUGAGCAAUCUAGAAAGCCUUGAAGAUCUGACUCUAUCAGAAAGCAGAAACAUAAAAAGGUUCCCAGCCCUUCCGAGGAAAAUAAAACUCCUUGACUUUGAUGGUGUUGGAGUAGUAGAGCUUUCCCCCUCAAUUGGUUCUCUCCACAUGCUAUCUCGUCUUGAUCUUAGGCAUUGUAGGAACCUUAUGUUUUUACCCAGUGACAUUUGGAAGAUGCAAUCUCUUAAGUCCUUAAGUCUUUCUGAUUGCUCAAAGUUGGAAGAAAUUCCAGAAGUUCUGGAGAGUAACGAGUGCUUGAAAGAGAUUAUGUUAAGCAAAACAGCCAUAAGAGAAUUGCCCUCUUCAAUUGAAAGGCUUCUCAAACUUGAGUAUUUGAAGGUUAACGACUGCCGAAAUUUCUCUGUGCUACCGGCGACAUUGUGGAAUCUGGAAAAGUUAGGAUCAUUAGAUGUUAGUGGAACAUCCAUAAAACAACUGCCGCCCAUUAAAGAGGAGACGACGAGGCUCACCGGCCUGCGUAUUUCGGGAUGUGAUAGUCGAGACCCUAUGGCAUUAUCAGUUCCUCCCUUGUCGAGAUUAUGUUCUCUGACGACCCUUGAAAUGUCGAAUUUGCAUAUUGAGCAGAUCCCUGAGGACAUUGGUCGUCUGACAUCAUUGAUAAGAUUAGAUUUGAGUCUAAAUGACUUCAAAACUUUGCCUGCUAGUAUCAAGCAUCUUUCGAACCUGGGAAGUCUGGACCUAAGCUACUGCAGGGGGCUUGAAUCAUUGCCAGAGGACAUUGGUUGUCUAACAUCGUUGCGGAGCUUAAAUUUGAGAGGAAAUGACUUCAAAACUUUGCCUGCUUGUAUCAAGCAUCUCUCGAACCUGGGAAGCCUGGACCUAAGCUACUGCAGGGGGCUUGAAUCAUUGCCGGAGGACAUUGGUUGUCCAACAUCAUUAAAAAGCUUAGAUUUGAGCGGAAAUGACUUUAAGAGUUUACCCGCUAAUAUCAAGCGUCUCUCGAAGCUGGAAAAGCUUGAUGUAAGCUACUGCAGGAGGCUUGAAUCACUACCGGAGCUCCCUAACAAUCUAUGGAGUUUAAAUGCACAUGGAUGUGCAUAUUUGGAGACUAUAUGGGGCAAUAUGGAAUUUGUUGCUGGACCAUUUGGAGUAAGCUACAUAUUCAGUAAUUGUCUCAGAUUGCAGGAGGAUGCCAGAGUCAAGAUAGUAGCUGCUACAAAGUUGUUGUCUCAGACUCUGAGAAAACGUCCUUGGUGGUGGAAUAGGUGGGGUGUGUAUACCGGGCUGCAACAUUCCGGACUGGUUCACUCAUUGGGAAAGAGGGCCUACCUUGCAAUUGCCUUUGGGACUUUGUGAAGUGAGCUCUGAAGAGUUACUUCUAUGCAUUUCUGUUGCAUUCACAGACCGCUCUCUGGAAUCAGGAUUAUACAUUCGUGCUGAAUGCUGUUUCGACGACGGAGAAGGCGAAGAUCCUAACAAGUUACCAGCCAGAUCCGGUUUAACACCAUUUGAGAUAAAAGGAUCACGGGCAGAAUCACAAGUUCAGCGCCAGUAUGUAAGGUCAGAUCACUUGUUUUUCUUCUACGAUACACUUGGAUUACACCUGAGGAAAUAUGACUGCGCGUCUACUAUGACAUUCCACCUUUUAGAUGGAAAAAGAAACCCUCUGGAAUGUUGUAAGGUGGAAA